AUGCAGCAGUCCUUGAAAGGAGAACCGUACACAAGGAAGAGGACACAAGCUUAUGAGGGACGUCCACGGGACAGCCGGCGUUCCCGGAGAGUUCUGGGGACCUUUCCAAAGCCCAAGGCUGUUGAGGCGGGAGUGUGGUGGGUGCGGUGGUGCACAGUCCCGGGGGUGGGUUCAGCCGUGAUUGUGGGCUCUGCCCCCUUGGGCCCCCUCUGGCCGCCGCUGACCGCCCUCCGCCUCGGCCCCAGGUUCCUGCUGGUCUUCUCCUGCCUCGUGCUGUCGGUCUUCUCCACCAUCAAGGAGUACGAGAAGAGCUCGGAGGGAGCGCUCUACAUCUUGGAAAUCGUGACCAUCGUGGUGUUUGGUGUGGAGUACUUUGUGCGGAUCUGGGCGGCGGGCUGCUGCUGCCGGUACCGCGGCUGGAGGGGGCGGCUCAAGUUUGCCCGGAAGCCCUUCUGUGUGAUAGACAUCAUGGUGCUCAUUGCCUCCAUCGCCGUGCUGGCUGCUGGCUCCCAGGGCAACGUCUUCGCCACAUCGGCACUCCGGAGCCUGCGGUUCCUACAGAUUCUGCGGAUGAUCCGCAUGGACCGGCGUGGCGGCACGUGGAAGCUGCUGGGCUCCGUGGUCUAUGCCCACAGCAAGGAACUGGUGACUGCGUGGUACAUCGGUUUCCUGUGCCUCAUCCUGGCCUCCUUUCUGGUGUACCUGGCGGAGAAGGGAGAGAAUGAUCACUUUGACACCUAUGCUGAUGCCCUCUGGUGGGGCCUGAUCACCCUGACGACCAUUGGUUACGGGGACAAGUACCCCCAGACCUGGAACGGGAGGCUUCUGGCCGCAACCUUCACCCUCAUCGGUGUCUCCUUCUUUGCUCUUCCCGCGGGCAUUCUGGGGUCUGGCUUUGCUCUGAAAGUCCAGGAGCAGCACCGGCAGAAGCACUUUGAGAAGAGGCGGAACCCCGCGGCGGGCCUGAUCCAGUCGGCCUGGAGGUUCUAUGCCACCAACCUGUCCCGCACGGACCUGCACUCCACGUGGCAGUAUUACGAGCGCACGGUGACCGUGCCCAUGUACAGCUCGCAAGCUCAGAGCUACGGGGCCUCCAGACUGAUCCCACCCCUGAACCAGCUGGAGCUUCUCCGGAAUCUCAAGAGCAAAUCUGGGCUCACCUUCAGGAAGGAACCUCAGCCGGAGCCCUCUCCAAGUAAAGGCAGACCGUGCAGAGAGUCCCUGUGUGGAUGCUGCCCUGGACACUCUAGUCAGAAGGUCAGUUUGAAAGACCGUGUCUUCUCCAGCCCCCGAGGCGUGGCUGCCAAGGGGAAGGGGUCCCCGCAGGCCCAGACCGUCCGGCGGUCACCCAGUGCCGACCAGAGUCUGGAGGACAGUCCGAGCAAGGUGCCCAAGAGCUGGAGCUUCGGGGACCGCAGCAGGGCACGGCAGGCCUUCCGGAUCAAGGGGGCUGCGUCCCGACAGAACUCGGAAGAAGCAAGUCUCCCUGGGGAGGACAUCGCAGAAGACAAUAAGAGUUGUAACUGCGAGUUUGUGACCGAAGAUCUGACCCCGGGCCUCAAAGUCAGCAUCCGGGCCGUGUGUGUGAUGCGGUUCCUGGUGUCCAAGCGCAAGUUCAAAGAGAGCCUGCGGCCAUACGACGUGAUGGACGUCAUUGAGCAGUACUCGGCCGGGCACCUGGACAUGCUGUCCCGCAUCAAAAACCUGCAGUCCAGGAUAGAUAUGAUUGUGGGCCCCCCACCCCCUUCAACUCCCCGGCACAAGAAGUACCCCACCAAAGGACCCACGGCCCCUCCGAGAGAGUCACCCCAGUAUUCACCUAGAGUGGACCAGAUCGUGGGGCGGGGCCCAGCGAUAACUGACAAGGACCGCACCAAGGGCCCAGCCGAGGCAGAGCUGCCGGAAGACCCCAGCAUGAUGGGUCGGCUGGGGAAAGUGGAGAAGCAGGUCUUGUCCAUGGAGAAGAAGCUGGACUUCCUGGUAAACAUCUACAUGCAGCGCAUGGGUAUCCCCCCGACGGAGACCGAGGCCUACUUCGGGGCCAAGGAACCAGAGCCGGCGCCGCCGUACCACAGCCCCGAGGACAGCCGGGAGCACGGGGACAGAAACGGCUGCAUCAUCAAGCUCGUCCGCUCCGCCAGCUCCGUGGCUCAGAAGAACUUCUCGGCGCCCCCCGCCGCGUCCCCCGCCCAGUGCCCACCCUCCACUUCAUGGCAACAGCAGUGCCACCCACGCCAGGGCCACGGCACCUCCCCCGUGGGGGACCACGGCUCGCUGGUGCGGAUCCCGCCCCCGCCCGCCCACGAGCGGUCGCUGUCUGCCUACAGCGGGGGCAACAGGGCCAGCACGGAGUUCCUGAGGCACGAGGGGGCCCUGCGGGACAGCGACACGUCCAUCUCCAUCCCGUCCGUGGACCACGAGGAGCUGGAGCGCUCCUUCAGUGGCUUCAGCAUCUCCCAGUCCAAGGAGAACCUGGACGCGCUCAACAGCGGCUAUGCGGCCGUUGCGCCCUGCGCCAAAGUCAGACCCUACAUCGCGGAGGGCGAGUCGGACACAGACUCGGACCUCUGCACCCCGUGCGGGCCCCCGCCGCGUUCCGCCACUGGGGAGGGCCCUUUCGGCGACGUGGGCUGGGCCGGGCCCCGGAAAUGAGGCUGCCCGCCGGCCUCUCCCUGACUCUUGGCCUUCCAGGUUUGCAGAUGGGACUCUCGGGGGCCCUUUCCUCAGAGUGACACGGUGGGGGGGGGGCUGCGCAAGGCGACAGGCGGGCGGGGGGCCCCUUGGUCUCAGGCAGGGAAAGCUGACUAAAGUUCUUUUUUAACGAGGGGCAGCCAGGCCGGCCGUGCCCGCUCUGAGACCGCUGGCCGGGGCCUGAACAGGGGUGAUGGCUGAGGACAGAGCCCCGGUGGUCGGGAGGAGGCGUGGCGUCAAGGAGCAGGGCCCGGGGCGAGGGUGGCAGCUAGGGGCAGGAUCAGAGGCCCGUGAGGCGUGGUGGGGAGGGAGCCUAGGCCCGUGGCUAUGGCUGGCCCCUUGGGUGUGGCUUGUCCUUGUCCCUCCGUCCCUGCCCCUUGCUAGUUCGCACACGGCAGGCAUGAUGGGUGGUCUUCCAGAGAGCUGCUGGUCAGCGCCAUGUCCCCCCACCCUGGGGUCUGAGCCAGUCCCUCCCAAGUCCGGGAUGCUGGCCUGGAGAGGAGGGGUGGGGCCUCAGGACCUCCCAGCUUUGGCUCCUGGGGAGAGGGGCUGCUCCAUAGGUUUCUGGAAGAGGGUCCUUGGAGGCCCCCCCAGCCACAGGAGAUCUGGGGAUGGCCACCCCCAUGUUUUCUCUGUUCUGUUCUCUCUGGGCAGCAGCUGCCAGGCCACGGCCAGCACUGAAAUGGAGACCUGUGUGCAGGGAGCGUGCUGGGUGGCUGGGGGCACCCCCCGGGCUGGGCUUCUGUUUCCAGGUCCCAGGGCCAGGCGGGUUGUGGUGACCAGAUUCGCCUGCUAUCUUUCACUGGGGGCCCUGCCUCACUGGUCCCUCAUUGGCGCCUCGACAGGACCCAGGGCUGAAUGACGAUGCCCUAACCCCUGGGAAAAGCCUUCAAAGCCCCUCAAGGUUUGGUGGGACUCCCUCCCCCUGCGGAGCUGAAGCAGCUCUAUCCUGGAGGAAGCCUCUUUUGUCCCCACCGGGGCUGACCGCCCACCCACCUGCCCUCCACUGACCCGUCCCUUGGCUGUGACUUCUUGGGAGUCAAGGAUGCCCGUCUCCACCCUGGGCCUCAGGAAGCAGGGACCCAUCUCUCCUGUGGUAGGCACCUUGGCCCCAGGGACAGCAGCUUUGGUGUCUCCCUUCUGGGCCCUCGGCAGUCGGUGUGUGGGGGCAUCUGGCAUUUGGAACCACAGGUCUGGGCACCUGGCACCCUUUGAGGCAGUGACUCCUGGUGCACUAGGGCUGGGCGCAGUGAAGCCCGCUAUGGAGCUUCCUCCCCCGAAAACUAGCUCCUGGGAGAGCCCUGUUGUGACUUGGACCAGAAGUGGUCAGUGGGACAGUCGGUCCCGUCCUCUGGGAAGAGCGUGGAAAGCUGUAUCUGAGGGUCCUGGGCCCCGGGCAUGGGGUCCUGGUGCUCAGAGAUCUUUGGGGAGUGAUUGACCACGCGAUGGCCACAGCAGCAGUCUCCGCCCCCUCCCCUUGCCAGGACACCCCGGGUCCUGCUGUAGGGACCUCCUUGCCCGACGGUCAGCCAGACGCUGGGCCGGCCUGUGCUUGCCCCAGGGUGUGCCCAAAGUGGGGGGACGCAGGCUGAGAGUUGGGAACCGCUGCUCAUGUCGGGGCCCCAGCACGGAGGCCCACCUUCCCAGCCUCUGGGAGGGGCAGGCAUGGGAGUAAGUGGCCACGUGGCCUGGAAGGGAGGCGCUCUGGAGCCCCGCUGGCUUUCCCUUGCGCUGGUGAACCUCGUUCCUGAGGGCAGUGUUUCUGUGGCCCUGGGCCUCACGGUGGUGAGAAUAGUCCCUGCCGGUGCAGAUACUGUGGGCACUUGGUGUGGCCUGCGUGUCGUGGCCCAAGGAAGUGGGCCCUCCCAUCACUGCCUCCCUCUGGGCUCAGCCCCCUUCACCCUCCCACCAUGGGAGACUCAGGCUGCAGGCCCUCAGGCAGGGCAUGAGCAGGUGGCCCCUGAGCUGAGUACGGCCACAUCCGUCCCACGCUCUGGCCAGCCGUUCUCGAGGCCCUGGGAGAGUUAGAGCCAUGAUGCCGGCCACAGGGACCCCUCCCCGUCUCGGUCGUCGGGGCUCCAGGCCCUGAGAGGAGGGGCCUUUUGUGCGCACAGAAAGACGGCUGUCCCACACACUCCCUGUGCCGUGUGCCCUGGAGGCCGGAGGAGCUGGCCUCAGACGGGCAGGAGAGGUCUCGGGCUGCAGCAGGAGGGAUGGUGUGAGGUCUCCUGCAUGCAGUCUCUGUCCCCUUGGAAGGGAGGCUGGUUUAGGGGCACAGUUCAGGAGGUGGUGUCGUAGAGGCCCCUUCUUGGGACCCUCAGACCCGGGCCUGAGCCGUGUGCACCCCCUUCCCCAGGGUCCCCCCCUUCAGAGAAGCAACAGCAGGAAGAGGCUGGUGCUUUCAUGGGGAGUGUGUGGGGGGGUGUGACGCGAGCGUGGCUCAGGGCAGUCGUCACGCCUUAGGAAAGGUGUCCUAAGACCAGGGUUAGGCUGGAGUCUGCGUCCCCCCAAGGCCACGCUCCUGUGCUCACUUUCACACAUGUACCCAUGCAGCAUGCGAACACAGGCUCACACAUGGGUGUGCCCACACGUGCACAUACACACUUGCCCACACGUGUACGAGCACACGUGUGAACACACGUUUGCACACAUUAUGUGCACACACCGCGUUCCUGACUUCGGUGGCCCUUCGUCUGAUCUCUGUCUGGGUCUGCCCACUUUAAGCCCCAAGGAAUGAACAACUUUGAGUGACAGGCGGCCCUUGGCUGGGGUUCUGGUUGUCCCAGGCUCCUGGGCAGCACGGGCAGAGGGGCCACUGGGGCCCAUCCAGGGUCCCACGCGCUCACAUCCACUGGCCCAGCAGCUGUCCAGAGCCUCUGGUUGGCUGGAUGCCGCGACAUGGCUUGGGCUGGGCCGGGGAGAUCUGGGUGUCCGGUUGUGACCCUGGGGCCCUGGCCGGCUCCCUUUGCCCUCCUUGGCCACGUGGGUGUUGUCCCCUCCCUCACUGGCAUGUUGUGGCCCCACAUCUCCCCCUCGUCCACAUAAACUCGUGAGCCAUGGCCUCACUAGGCCUCCCUGGAGGAUGGAGGGGCCUGGCCAGGUGGCAGAGUCUCCCCCUGGCCUGCCCACAUGUCCCCUCCCUAUGGGAGGCCACAGUUGUCCCCUCUUCUGCGGGCACUGGCCUCAAGCCUCCAUUUGGAGGCUCCGGGACCCCACACCGCAGGGGCUGCUCUCUAGAAGCAUAUCGGGUUAGAGCAGGAGGAGUCGGGACCCGCCCCGUGGUCAGCCCUAGUCUCCGAGCCCAGAACAUGCAUGCCAGCCAGGCAGGGUUGGCGUCUUUAACAUGGUGAUUUAGUUUAACUGACCUUCUCCCCUCGUACCAGGCUGGAGCCCCCCGGUGGUCACGGAUUCGACACAUUAACACAGGAGAGAAGGGGGAGGCAACCUCUCUUCCGCCGGCCCCCACGUUCAGGGGGUACUUCAUGGGACAGGUGCUCCCCGCCUGUGCUGUUUGUGGAUGGCAUCAGCCCUGAGACCUUUCUAGAUGCUUCUUGAAGCCAGAGGUGUGGACGGCCCCUGGGAGGCCUUUGUAGAAAUGCUGAUGUUUGUGUCUAUUUCGUAUUCACCCCAAAUUGUAAAUAAUGUAGAGAGCGGCGGGCACAGGCACUCGUCCCUGGUGCUGUGCUGCACGACCAGAGUGACGACAGUGUCCCGCCCUCUGAUGUCACAAGCCCCUGAAAUAAACGUGGUGUGCAGAGGGACGGUCUGACAGCCCAUGGAGGGUUUGGGGGCACCCAAGCAGGGUGGCUCAGUCCCGAGCAGCUGGUGCGGUUCUGUGCCCCUGGUGCCCCCCAGUGCUCACUGGCUUAGAAUCAGACGCUCCCUUCCCUGACCGACGCUGUCCUGAGGGGUCCUCAGUUGCCUUCCAUGGUGGUGAUGUGGACACACCUGCCCUCUGUGACCCCGGAGAAGAUCUGCAGGCCCCCUACUUGGAUGGCCUGAUCCUGGGUGAGGGGCAGGAGGGCUCCGUGGGGCCCAGAAGUAACAGGCUGCCUGCUUCUAGCACUCAGGGGAGCCUGUGUGCUGUCCCAGGCCAGCUGCCCUCCUGAGUUCCUGCCCCCAGGGGCAGGCUCCACUGGGCCUCUGCCAAGCACUAAGUAGGAGAGACAACCAAGGAGGGCUUCCUGAAGGAGGCGGUGUGGUGGGAUUGGGGGCUUGCACCUCUCUUCUCUCUAAGGGACCCAGGAAAGCCAGUGGCCCAGGCCAGGACACUGGGUAACCCCUGGAGUGUGCACAAGUGGGGGCCACGGUUCGCUGGAUAUGCCAUCUUGUGAGGGGUGGGGGCUGACGUCUACCCCAGGAGGAGACGUUGGAGGGAGAGAGGCUUCAGCAAACAGGGUAGAGAGAGCCGAGGAAGAGACGGUCCCUGGCAGGCGAGACCCUCCGUCAGCCUCUUAAAGGCAUCUGUGGGGUUGGAGGAGCCAUGGCCUCGUCUGAGACACCUGUAUGCACGUCUCUGGCCGCCAGAGGACGCAGGGAGACCCUGGGGACCGCCCAGAUCAGGUGCAGGGGGAGGGGGCCCUGGGGGGGUGGCCCUCAGUCCUGGCCCUCCCACGCCACACACCCAACUCUGUCUGGGUUUCAUAAUGUCGUUGCCUUAAUGCACGUUGACGGAAAUUCACCGAGGUCGCCCCAGGCGCCCGGCGUCUGCCCGGCACCACACCGGACCCUGCCCCCUGCUCGUCGGCGGGACCAGCUCCACGGAUGGACGCAGAGUGGGCAGUGGACCUGGAGCCGGCCUCGCGCCCACCAGGACCUUUCUCGCUCCGCCCUGCGCCCGCCCUUGCCGCCCGCUGCCCUGCGGCCCCCCUGCGUUGCUGCCUUGGCCGUCUGCACUUUGUUCAUACUCCAAAGAAUACUUCAUGAUGCCUUCAGUACGACGCACACAUCGACCACGUGUACGCACCCCUGCACCGCAGCCGCCGGGCCUUUUCGUUUUCGUGAAUGUGUUACCACCGCACACCUGACCCUCGACUCGCGCAUUGUCCGUUUUCUAGGGAUAGACGCCCAGGGAAUGAACUCUAGCUUGGUACGGACCAGCCAAGAUGAGAGCUUGCUCAACUCACUGUCAGGUUGGCACUUGUCCCCGAGAACGGGGCCCAGCCCGGGUUUGCUCAGUGACUUCAGAGGUGGAAUCUGGCAGCAGGGACGCAUGUGAAAAGUUCUGGAAAGUUCUACUGCCAUGGGGACCUUUUGGAUGCCCAGUGGACCUGUGCACUUAGUAAAACACAGUGAUUCAA